UGCAUCGAGCAACCUCUUCUCUAAAUAAAAUACAAAACUAGGAAAACCCUGGACGAGGUGUUUGCUGGUUUGUCAACCCGAAGCUAGAAACAAAACAUGGGACAAAAAGCUCGUGACGUGCAAAUAUUCUAGGCACUAUUUAUGUCAUUUUUGAUACUGUAAUUCUCACAUGGUUUGCAUUCAUUUAUUCUGUACCGAGGAAUAGAAAUGCCUAUAGAAGGGAAUAUGAAAAAAGCCAAUAAACAGCGGCUGUCAAUCCGUCGUUCGCACAGCUCUCGAGAUGGUGGCCUCAGACACCGGGUCUAUGAAAGUGACAGCAUCCUACCACAUGACAUUCGUUGCAGGCUUCAGAAGCUAUUUCAGCAAAUUGAGCAGGAGUUUGAGAGUGUUUAUGCAGAAAAUUUAACAUUGCAAGAGAAAGUUGAAACAUUAACAGAGAAACUAGAAGCUGCUCAAAUUGGACGUGCAGAAGGCGUCACAACGGAUGUUGACGGUACUUCAAAGGUCAAGUCCAAAACGUCAAAUCAAAUUUCUCAAUUAAUUCGUCCGAAGACAAAGGUUGCAUCAGGAAAGAAUGUGUUUAGCUUCAAAGGUCCAAGCAGUACAUCUUUAGGUCAGUUCGUCAAGUCAUACAAAGGUCAUCAAGAUGGAGUAUGGGAGGUCAGUGUGUCAAAGGGCGAGAAUCCUGUUCUUGGAACAGCCUCUGCUGACCGUUCAGCUCGCCUGUGGAGUAUUGAGACAGGAACGUGUGUGUUGCAAUAUGUAGGUCAUAGUGGAUCCGUCAAUUCUGUGCGAUUCCAUGCGAAAGAACCACUGGUCUUAACAGCCUCUGGUGAUAACACAGCUCAUGUAUGGAAGUCCACAGUCAGUCUGCCUGUUGCGUCGCAGAUAUCAGAGGGUAAUAGGUCAAAUCCAUCAAGUGGAGAUGACCUGGAUGGGUCAGAUAAAGAAGAUCAAGAUGGUGAUAGCGAGAACAUAAUUUAUGUGAAGACAGCGCAGUGUGUCCUGGAAGGGCACACUGGAGUUGUCAUUGCAGCUGAUUGGCUAGCUGGAGGCAAGCAGAUCGUAACUGCAUCAUGGGAUAGGACAGCUAGUAUAUUUGAUGUGGAAAAAGCAUCCAUCAUACAUUCACUAACAGGUCAUGACCAGGAUUUAACUCAUUGUUCAACACAUCCAUGUCAGAAGCUGGUUGUCACAUCUUCUACUGAUACAACAUUCCGAUUGUGGGACUUCAGAGAUCCCAGUAUUCACUCAGUCAAUGUUUUCCAAGGGCACACAGAUGCUGUGACAUCGGCAUCAUUCGUUCCAAAUGAUAAGGUAGUCAGCGGGUCGGAUGAUAGGAGUGUGAAAGUGUGGGACCUGAAGAACAUGAGGACACCAAUCGCUAUGAUUAGAACAGACUCAGCUGUCAAUAAGUUGUCUAUUUCACCAACAAGUCAUGUGAUAGCCAUUCCGCACGACAACCGACACAUUAGAUUGUACGACAUAAAUGGUGUCAGGAUUGGACGAUUGCCUAGGAGCAACAGAAAGGUAAAAUACAAUUGA